GACUUGGGUUUCAAUAGACUGUGCAUCAUAACACUUUUGAAGACGAAAACUGCUUUGAAAAAGAAAAUAAAUGUCAAGAGACACCAACAAUACAACAGAGUGGAUUGUAACAAGCAAGUUUUUUUUUGCAGAAGACAGUGAGCAAUGGCAACAAGGUGCGAGGCUGAGAAGGGAGUCACUCUGAUACAAUCAUGUUCUGAUGGCACCAGCAAUACAGAGUCAGCCAACAGAUGUGGAGUCAGACACACUGACAGACGGAGGAGAAAGUGGACAUUUCGUAACAUUGGUUCCAGUAGCAUUUUACUCAUUCUGACCUGGGUGUUCAUCGUUUAGUGCUCACUAAGCUCGUUGCUUAGUUUGGAGAAUACUCAAGAAGAGAAGGCCCAGUGGGAACAGGUACAAUACCUUCACAUACGGAGAUGGCAGAAGUUUCAAUGUAGAGCAGCCACAUUAUCUUAAUGGAGAUGCUGACAAGUUUGUAUCGACCAAAAACCACUUCAGCUAGAAGACUCACGAUUGGUGUUAUGAUACAAAUCAGGGUUGAACCGCCUACGAAACAGCCCACAGGUUUCGUAGGCGGUUCAACCCUGAUUUGUAUCAUAACUCCAAUCGUGAGUCUUCUAGCUGAAGUGGUUUUUGGUCGAUACAAACUUGUCAGCAUCUCCAUUAAGAUAAUGUGGCUGCUCUACAUUGAAACUUCUGCCAUCUCCGUAUGUGAAGGUAUUGUACCUGCGGCAAAAACUGCGCUAAACAUUCUCAAGGUGGCUCUUGCAGUACCACAAUUUAUGCUGCAGGGAGCGUUUAUAGCAUGUGCAGUUCCACUAGGACUUGAUCAGAUCACUACUGGAACACACACAAACAUUUCUUCAUUCAUACUAUGGUUUUGCUGGGCAUAUUCUAGUGGCGUAACUAUUUCCCUUAUAGUAGCAUCGGUGUUAUACACCAAUUUUCAGGCAAGUAAAGCCAGCACAAUAAUGUCACUGCUGCCAGUCCUACUGCUCUCUGUGGGACUCAUUUUGGACUUUCAUUUCCACCACAAACUGGUGAAAGAGCCAGUGACUGUCAAUCCAGUGAGUCAUAUUUUCAAAGUCUUGAAAUAUGCAGCAAAGCACAAGUAUCCAGUUCAGAGAAGUGCCUUCACAUACUGUGAAAAUGAACGGCCAACAAGACUGGACUAUGGCAAGUCAAAAUAUGGUGGACCUUUCACCACA